AUGAAGACACAAUAUGAAAUUUGGAGUGCGCACAAGAUAGUUUCCGUAAAGGUCACUAGGCCAAUCGAAACUGAAAGCUUCCCCAAUGCAAAGUUCAAAGUAGCGAGUGGUUCGACUUGUCAAGCAUACGAAUUCACCAUCGCAGACUUGCCCUGUUUGAAUCCUAAUCAUUGGAUCGUGAUUUACAACAUUUUGUUGAGAGAGAAAGAGAAGUACGAACCUGUUAUGUCCCAUCUCCAACUGAUGCUCAAGUCUUAUAUUCAAGAAGUUGGAUUGAUGGAUGUGUAUAGUGUCGUAGUUCUGAAGAAGAAGCCGAUUGUUGUUCCCAAGGAAGCUCCAAAAGACUUCGAGAAAUUAAAGCCAGGGAAGAUAUACAAGGAAGGACCGUUCGUAGUGUACCAGUCUAGAGAACGAACAGGAGCUGACUUUCUCAAGACUUACUUCUAUCUCGAAGACAAACAUAUGUACAAUAUUGCUUGUCUGGAAUUUAGAUAUGAUUAUGUGGUAUAUCCAGGUUCACAAGAUGUUGCUAUGAUUUAUUCCCAAAGUCUAUGA